AUGCCUCGAGGUCAGAAGAGUAAGCUUCGUGCCCGUGAGAAACGCCGCCAGGUCCGUAAUGAGACCCAGGGUCUGGCGAGCGCUCAGGCUAUCGCGGCAGAGGAAGGAGAGUCCACCUCUGCCGGUCGUCUCUCUGGGGGCAAACCUGAGAAUCUGCCUGAUGCUGAGAUGCCUAGCACUCCUACGGAGCCUAAGGGAACCCUGUCUACCACUAAUACUACUGCAGCUGUUUCAUGUGCCAAUUCAGGUGAAUGUGCCAACGACCAAGAUGAGGAAAGCUCAAAAUCCUCAAACAGCCCUGAGCACUUUCACAGAGAUCCUUUAAACAAGAAGGUAGUUUUGUUGGUGCAAUUACUGCUGCAGAAGUAUCAAAACAAAGAGCCAAUUAUGAAGACAGACAUGAUGAAGUUAGUUAACAAAAAGUACAAGGUUCAUUUCAAUGAGAUCCUCAAGAGAGCCUCUGAGCACAUGGAGCUGGCCUUUGGUGUUGAUUUGAAGGAAGUGGAUCCCAUUAGGCACUGCUAUGCCCUUGUCAACAAACUAGACAUCGCUUUUGAUGCAUCAGUGAAUGAAGAAGAGAACAUGCCCAAGACCGGCCUCCUGAUGAUUGUGCUAGGUGUGAUCUUCAUGAAAAGCAACUGCGCCACCGAGGAGGAGAUCUGGGAAGUGCUGAAUAUGAUGGGUGUCUAUGCGGAUAAGAAGCACUUCAUCUAUGGGGAUCCCAAGAAGGUCCUCACUGAAGAUUUGGUGCAGCUCAAGUACCUGCAGUCCCGCCAGGUGCCUGAUAGUGAUCCUCCCCGCUUGGAGUUCCUGUGGGGCCCAAGAGCCCACGCCGAAACCAGCAAGAUGAGAGUCCUGGAGUUUUUGGCCAAGAUCCAUGAUACCAUCCCGAGUGCCUUCCCAGCCUGGUAUGAAGAGGCUUUGCGAGAUGAGGAAGAGAGAGCCCGGGCCAGAGCAGCAGCCAAGGCUCGUAUUGCUGUCAUGGCCAGGGCGCGCUCCAAGGCCUUGGUUAGCAGUUCCUCCCCCACUAAGUGA